CUUAAAUACGGUGAGGUUAAAAUAUAUAGUUGCUCACCUUACUGUUUUUUUUCCAUUUUUAUAUUCCUUUAUGAUUACAAUUUAUGUGAUGGGACUGUGCUUAUUUGUAUAAUAAAUAUUAAAACAAUAAAUUUUCAUAUAAAUUUACGAUUUAUUAAUAUCAAUAAGAUACAUCAUUUUUUACUUAUUUCAAUACUGAAGUUAUUCAACAGUUGAUCUGCAGUAAUAUUACACAACAAUUUAUCUUCAAAGACAAUAAAAUUUAAAUUAACACAUGAGUGAACUCAAUCUAGAAUUGAAAAGACCAAUUGUUAUAUGUGGUCCAUCAGGAUGUGGAAAAAGCACUUGUAUAAGAAUGCUUAUCAAUAGAUAUCCGAAUUCUUUUCGUUAUUGUGUAUCCCAUACCACUCGGCCAAGACGUCCAGAUGAAAUUCAUACAAGAGAUUAUAACUUUGUGUCAAAAGAAGAAUUUGACGAAGCAAUAAGCAAAGAUGAAUUUAUUGAAUACGUAAUGUUUUCUGGACAUUAUUAUGGAACAAGUAAAGCUGAAUUGAAAAAAGCUGAAUUGGAGAAACGUGUCUGUUUAAUGGAUGUCGAUAUACAAGGUGUUGAAAAGUUACAAAAAACAAAUAUUAAUCCAGUUUGUAUUUUUAUACGUCCUAGAAGUUUUGCUAUACUUGAGAAACGAUUAAGAUCUCGUUCUACAGAAAGUGAAGAUAGAAUUCUUCAACGUCUUGCAGUUGCACAUCAGGAAAUGCAGUACGGAAUAUCCGAAGGGAAAUUUGAUGCCGUUAUUGUCAACGAUAAUGCUGAUAAAAUGGUACAAGAGGUUGUUGAUGUGAUACGACAAAAAUUAAGUAGUUGAUCAGUUUCAGUUUGGAAAGGACAGGAGGCUUGAUAGCCUGUGUUAGUCCUGGCAAUCAACCAAUUAUUAUUGACAAUGUAUCUUAUGUUUUAUCAAACUGUCUUGAAGAAAGAGUUUAUUCUGAUUAUCUUGCUUGAAUUAUAUCAUGUUAAAAAAAACAAUAGACUAUUUAAUUUGUUUACCCUGUGAUGUAUUUUUAUGAAUAAAAAUGCAGUUAUUUCAUAAUAAUGAAUCAUUCUACAACGAA